UUUUCCUUACUCAUGGCAGGUUUAGCUGGCACCAAAGAUGAAGAGCUGACCCAGCUGCUAAAAGAGGAGGAAGCACAAAUCUCCAGCAAGAUUUUGGCUUUAAGAAGAGACCUAAUCAAAGCUCUUAUCCCCACUGAUCCUCUUGACUCGAGUAAUGUUCUGCUGGAGGUCGUAUCAGGGCGGACAACAGGAGGUGACAUUUGUCAGCAGUUCACCAAAGAAAUGUUUGACAUGUACCAGGGUUUUGCAUUUUACAAAAACUGGGACUUUGAGGUGUUGAACUACACACCUGCAGAGUAUGGUGGUCUGCACCAUGCAGCAGUGAGAAUAGCUGGAGAGAACGUGUACAGGCACCUGAAGCACGAAGGAGGAACCCAUCGGGUUCAAAGGAUCCCUGAGGUGGGGCUCUCCUCCAGGAUGCAGCGAAUCCACACAGGAACCGUGACUGUCAUCAUCCUGCCUCAGCCAGUUGAGUUUGAAGUCCACAUCGAUCCAAAGGAUCUUCGAAUCGACACGUUCAGAUCUCGUGGUCCUGGGGGGCAAAGUGUUAACACAACAGACAGCGCAGUGCGCGUAGUUCAUCUUCCGACAGGAAUAACUGCAGAGUGUCAGCAGACUCAAUCUCAGCUGCAAAACAGAGAAAUGGCCAUGCGCAUGUUGAGAGCCAGGCUCUACCAAGGCAUGAUGGGUAAAGAGACCGAACAGAGGAAUACAGCACGAAAGCAGCAGGUGGGCACACGCUCUCAGUCAGAGAGAAUUCGUACCUACAACUUCAGUCAGGAUCGUGUCACAGACCACCGCACCGGAUAUACAACGAGGGACAUCAAGGAGUUCAUGAGAGGUGGGGAGGCUCUCGAUGAUCUGAUCUCUGAUAUACUUGAACACACAGAGAAGGAGGCUCUUCUCGAGGCGGCGGAGAACAGCAGCAGUUUGUAACGAACAGAGUCUGGACCGUCUGCAGACUGAGACCAACAGCAGCUUAUGGGAGAUGUGCUUCCUGACAUAUCUGACUGCUCUGUGCCUGCAGAACACAUGUUAUUCUAUUAUUUGGGCAAUUAAUUGCAAACGAUGCAAUGUAAGACAAACCAAAAGUAACAGAGGUUUUUAUUUUUGUAAUAAAAUGUAACUUGUG